AUGAAAUUUUCACUUGAUGGUAAUUUGGAUAAACUGAAAUCUAAAAAACUACUCGUAUUAAUAAAAUCACUUUUGCCAAGUCCCAAUAAUCUUCCUGUUACACAUAAACAAGUACUCAAACGGUUUGGUCGAACGUCAAUGUUUACAACUCAAUAUUAUUGUAAUCACUGUUCAAAUAUUGUAUCUACUUUGAAGCUUGGUGCAAAGAUAUGUUUAACCAGUGAUUGCAUAGGAUCUCAACGUACAUUGAAUAGCAAUGAAUUAACAGAAGUUGUCACCGUUAACAUCAUUUCACGUCUAGAAUCGAUUUUGGUACGUAAUAUUGAAGUACUUACUGGUCAAACAAAUCAUCUAUUUCCACCAAGUGACUUAUCUCGUUUUGAAUUUUACCAGGAAGUUACGAAGAAUAAAGCAAAUGAAAAUGUCAUUACAUUGAUUUUGCAUUCUGAUGCUGCACCAUUAGUACGUAGCAAUAAGCAAAGUUUAUGGCCUUUUUAUACUUCUAUAGCUGAACUACCGCCUCCGAUUCGCGAAUACAAACAUAAUAUAUUAACUUUAGCAUUAUGGGCUAGUCGUGUGAAGCCUGAUCCUAAUAUUUUUUUAGAUUUUAUGCUGUUUCAAUUACGAGCACUGAUCGAGCGAGGCACAUCGGUUUUUAUAGGCAAUAUUGAAUAUCGAUUCGUUGUGCGCAUCCAAUGUUUCAUCGCUGAUUUACCAGCUAAAUCUUUAUUAUUAAAAACGAUCAACUUCAAUGGUAGAAACGCUUGCAAUUAUUGUUUAUCUACUGGCCAAUACAACAAUGAAUAUCGUAUGGUCCUAUACCCAUACAAACUCAAUAAUUUUAAAACACGUACUCAUGAUGAUUUUGUACGUAUUGCUAAACACGUCGCUACUGAAUCUAAAAGAACCGGAAAACAAGUAUGCAUUGAAGGUAUUAAAGGUUAUUCGAUUUUACUAGAUGUAUUGAAUUAUCCAUGUUCUAUUAUAUUCGAUUAUAUGCAUUUGGUUUGCAUUGGCCAUGUACCAGCGGUCAUUCGACGUUGGCGAAACUAUGAAACGAAGGAUAAUUUAACUUUAAUCGAUAAGAAGCUUGAAAGUUUAUGUCUGCCGCAUAAUUGUCACGUCAGAUUUAAACAUCCUAUUGCCAAUGUAGACAAUUGGAAAGCAAAGCAUGGUAGACUUUUUGUUCUUCAAGUGGGUGUUCCCGUUCUUAUUGAUGUUAUUCGACCAAUUUAUUUAGCACACUUUUCAUUAUAUUCGAUUGCUAUAACACUUCUUCAUUCUCCACGAAACUCUGCUGAAAUAGAAUUAGCUGAUAAAUUGCUGCACUAUUAUUGUUCAUGUGCUUCAAGUGUUUACGACGAGUCGAUUGAAUUAUAUAGUUUACAUUCACAUUUGCAUCUGUCUCAUCAAGUGAAAUUACACGGUGGUCUAUGUUUUCAUUCAGCUUUCGCAUUUGAAUCAUGCAUUAGGUAUACACAACAACGAGCACAUGGCUCACGUAAUCUUGCUUCUCAAAUAAGCUAUUGGCAAGAUAUGGAAGCAAUUUUCGAUCGACAAUGUACAACCAUUGGUAAGCCAAUAUGCAUUGACGAGAUACCAUUGGAUAGUAAACAAAUGGAUGAAUAUCGCGAGCCACUUCACACACUUCUGAAAAAAUAUUUUCCAUCUUCCAUUGAAUCAAUCAAAUUGUAUAAAAGAUUUUGUUUAAUGAACAACAACGUAUAUGUCCGACCUUAUAUAUCGACACGACCAUGUACAGCCGACAUUUAUUGUUUAGUUUUAUUUAAAGAAGAUAAUUCAUAUAUUGUUAAAAAACAAACUCAACUGCCAGCUGCUGAUAAAUCUGGCUUAGUUAAAAUACGUUUUCAAAAACAAAUUAUGAUUGGUAUGAUUAUUCGUGAAGAUGAGUGCGAGAAAGCUGGUCGUGGACUCGAGUCAGCAAUAAGAACUGACAUCGAGUCUGAAGCUGAAGUUUCGCAUUCCACUCAAAAUAAAUUAAACCAGCGCAAAGAAAAUCAAGAUCCAUCAUUAAGUUCAAAUCACACAAAACCUGCAACAGCAAAUGUUUGUGUAUUACCUCCUUUUUCGGCUUUAGAUGUAAAAGAUCUUGAAAACCAUCAAAUACCAUCAUCUGAUAGUGAUUCAAGCGAUGAAAUCGAUUUGAUCGACAAGAUGUUGGAGGAGUUAAAUGAAAUCAAUCCAUCGAAGAAAAUUGUUUGCAAUAAAAAACGAAAAAAGAAAAAUCAAACUGCUCCAGCUGCUAAACGUUUGGUUGCUACAAAUAGUAUAGUAUCCGAUGAUAAUUCAACAUCUGUUUCAACUUUAAAUGAAAUAUAUAAAAUGUUACAACGAAUCGAAAGUAAUUGUCAAGCAAAUAAAAUUCAAUUAGAACAGCUUGUUGUUGAGCAAAAGCGAGCAAGUAAUAUUGUACGUCUAAUGUUUGAUAAUCAGAAACGUAUUCAAAAAAGUUUUGCUAAGCUACAAGUUCAUGUACCGUUAGUUGAUCCACAAGAUGAAGAUAAUGAAAAGUCGGAUACAAGUAAUUUGGUUCCAUUUCGUAAAUCUCUGGAGUGGCCUAUUGGUUCAUCUGAUUCAGUAGAUGUUUUGCUGAUUCCGUCAGAUCCAACAAAUAAAACACGUUAUGCAAAAAGUAACGCGACGCAAACGUCGCCAACCCUCUACUGA